AUGCACUCGGCAUCAAGAUGGUUCCUAACGCUCUUCUUUUGGUUGUUGAUAUCCUCCACUUGGGGAUGGGUAUCUUGUCGUGAUGGAACAAUCGAAAACGGCUUGAAGAAUAAUCAUCGAGCUUUUGUUCUGCCGGCCAAAGCACCAUCCAAAGCAUCCAUCAAUGACAGCAAUGACAGUGACGUCAGUGAUGAUAAUGUGGAGUAUGGGGGUUGCACCUCGGAAGUAGUGGGCGCCUUUGGACGAAUGGGGUCCUUUUGGCUCUGUCAUCCCUCUCCCACAACUUCCUAUGCGGCUGCCAUUCCUCGAGGCUUGUCCCCCGGAUGUUUGUCUCCACCAGGAUGUCCCAUUCUAAUCAAUACACCCAGCAGUGCCUGGGAAUCCAUUUUUAGUCAAACCCCUGCGGCGAGAAAACAAGAUUUAGUCUUUGUCGGCAAUGGAAUUCCAUCGCCGAAAUUCCAAGAUUGUACCGUGGUGGUUCCACAUUAUUCCAUUCUGCAAAUUUGUCAAAAGUCUACUGCCCAUAGUCCCAUUGGCACUAAUCCAUUGUCGCCCAGUACCUUUGUGUAUGGCAAACAUGCUGCCUACACGGCUCGCAUCUUGCAAGAACAUGGAGUCCAGACGGAACUGGUGGAUUCAUUUGCAUCCAUUCAAAGCAAAGCCGCGCUCAAAUUGUUUUGGGCAUCCUGCAUGUGGUUGAUUUGCCAUUCUUCCACAAUAACAAAUGACAAUGAUGGAGGACCAGCAUACACCUUUGAAGAAGUGAUACAAAAUCACCAAGCCAAACUUGAUCGACUCGUGGACGACUUAUUAACAUCUUUGAAAGAACAUUUGGGGCACCCAGUAUCCAGGUCGGAAGUGCAGGACUACAUGAGAUCGUAUUCUCUAUCCAUUCCAAAAGCGAUUCCAAGCAAGGAACUUGCUAUCAAGGAAUUGGAAGAUCGGAAUGGUUUCUGGUUGAAGCUACGGACAGAAAAUAAUCCACAAUUAUUUCAUCAAGAAUUGAUUGAAUCUGUCCUUGGCAAAGAGAAACUGAAACAACUGCUAUUGCGGUCCGGCAGCAGUUUGGGUGCAAACGAGGAUGAUAGUCUUGUUCCAGGAGGAGGCAAGGAAGAGGAAGAGCUCGUCGUCAAUCUAGACGAAAUUGGAUUGCAGCUUUCUGGUAAAGCUUCGUCAGUGGUCUCGAAUAGUACUGAUGAUGCACCACCACCGCCACCAAUCCAACGCAUAGUCGUGGUGGGAGCAGGAAUUCUCGGAUCUUCGACUGCCUACUUUUUGAAACUGCAAAAUCCAAACUUAGAUAUUCAUGUUAUCGAUCUUCUCGGGGCCAAGGAUCUGGGCAAGACUACACCGGCAUCUUGGGCCUGGCUGAAUGCCAAUGGCAAGGAACCAAAGGAGUAUCAAAUACUCAAUCAACUUGGUCUACAUGCCUGGAAGCACUGCAAGACUGUUUGUCACCUUCCUUCCUGGUCUGGAAGUCUGGUGCGAUUUGCAGCACCCCCAACGUUUGUCAAUGAAGGCGGAUACCCUUGCGAGGGACCCAUCACAAUGGAGCGAGUCCUGGAUCUCGAACCUUUUGCCAAUUGGCAAGUGUCUAAGAACGACAGCCGUGAUGACGACUCAAGUGAACAAGGCGUAACCUAUUAUUUUCCUGGGGAAGGCUUUGUUGAUCCUGCUCAAGUGGUCAAGACCUUUCGAGAUGAGGCGGCGCGUUUGGGUGUCACCUUUGAUUCGAAUCAAAACGUGACAGCCAUCGUGAGAAACGAGGAUGGAUCUGUCUGUGGAGUAGAAUGUACCAAUUCGUCAGCAUUUGAAGAUGGCAGCACUGCCACCACUUCCUUUCGACCCGCAGAUUUGGUAGUCGUUGCAGCCGGUAUUGGUGCAGCAGCGAAGGCCCUGGGGAACCUGCCGCUGAAAUACGAGCCAGGCACCAUUGUGCACGCCAAGACGACCUCCACGGAACCCUCGCCACCCCGAUUGUCACGAAUAUUGGUCGACACCAUGAGAUCCAGUCAUGUAUUGCAACGAUCGGAUGGAUCCAUUGUGGCGGGAGGUGGCGCGUUGGCAGUCGGAGGUUCGACGGGAAUGGUCCAAUCGUCUUUGGUGAAAAAUAACAAAGAAUCACUCUCCAUGUUUGAAGCCGCCAAGCAGCUUUCUCCCAUAGUGGUUGGGAAUAGUGAACCAAUGCAUUUUGCCGAAGCCGUUCGCCCCAUGCCAAAGGAUGGCCUACCUGCAGUAGGAUUUCUCCAGGAGGGUAUCUACACGGUAGUCACGCACUCGGGCAUGACACUUGGACCACUUUUGGCUUCCAUGGCAGCAGCCGAGAUCACAAAGAAGGUAUCUAUUCAUCUUUUGGAACCCUUUCGUCCUACUAGAUUCUUUGUGAACGACGAAAGGUCGGAAUGA